AUGGCUGCCCUUCAUCCCAUGGGUGAGGGGCACCCCACGCCAUCCAAGCGUUCCUUUGCCGAUAUCCUUGCCUCCUCCUCAAACCCGUUGCCAUCCUCACAAUUCUUGAAACCGAGAGAAGUGUAUCGCGGAGAACCUGCGGUAACUUUCACCAUUGAUGAAAUUCAAUCGUUGGCUUCCCCUUUCCGUUUUGCCCUGGUAGGUAAGUUCUCCAAGGGACGGCCUUCCAUGGAGGCUCUACGGAAGGAAUUUUUAACCAUUGGCUACAAAGGGACGUUCACUCUUGGCCUGCUGGAUCCACGCCACGUUCUCAUCAGGUUUGCACAUGAAGAAGACUACCAUAGAUGUUGGCUUCGUCGUUUUUGGUCCUUUCAGGGUUUUGGAAUGCGAGUAUUGAAGUGGACUCCCUCCUUCUCGGUAGACUCAGAACCUUCCAUCGUCCCCAUUUGGAUUCGGCUACCCAAUCUUCCUGUCCAUUUUUUCGCCAAGGGCCCUCUUUUCUCCAUUAGCAGACUUGUGGGAGAGCCUCUUCGGCUUGAUGCUUCCACAGCCGCCAUUACAAGGCCUAACGUAGCAAGACUUUGUGUCGAAAUAGAUCUUCUUAAGGAUCUCCCGAAUCGCGUCUGGAUUGUUAACGGAUCUUUUGGAUUCUGGCAGAAAAUUGAAUACGAAAACGUGCCUGACUAUUGCCGCUGCUGUCAUAAACUUGGCCAUACUGCAGACGUAUGCAAGAUCAGCAACCCGGCGCCGACUGCUGCUAGUCAGGGGUCGGAUCAUCACGCGCAAGUCUGGUUACCCAAGAACCCUGAGACAAGCCACCCUGAUAUGCAGCAGCCAAUGGCAACCAAUGAGCCUCGCCAGAAACCAGAAAUUUCCCUGAUAAAGAACCCUAAUCUGCUUGGCUGUGACAAAAUGCACAAACAACGGGUAGUGCAAAAUCAGGACACUACUAAUCCCGCCCCUUCAGAGGGGACCCCGAGCCAGGUUGUAUCUCAUGGUCAUUCUGCCACAAGGGAACCGAAACUCCCUGAACCGGCCACUCAGCUACAAGUGGUCAUCCCUGAAGCCAACAACCUGGCGUCGAGGCUGCUGGAUGAUUGCGAGCUUGUAACUUACUGGAAGCAGAAAGCUCGGGUUCGGUGGCUAAAGGAGGGGGAUGCUAACACAAAAUUCUUCCACGCUUCCCUUCUUAACAAGCGGUCGCGGCUAACCAUCCACCAGAUUCAGGACAGCCAGGGGCAUUUGCUUGAGACAAAUGACGACAUUGGACAGGGAGCAGCUAGUUUUUUCCAGCAGCUCCUCUCCGGAUCAGACGGGGCUAACAAUGAAGCAUCCGUGACCCGGCUGUUAGCAUCGAUUCCGUCUAUAGUGACACAACAACAGAAUGAGGAGCUAACGCAUCCGGUAUCUAUGGAAGAAGUUAAGAGAGCAGUUUUUGGGUUGGAUAGUCACAGCGCGGCUGGCGUCGAUGGCUUCUCGGGGUUUUUCUAUGUGUCUUGCUGGGACAUUAUUGCUCGGGACCUAUUGCAAGCAGUGCAGGAAUUCUUCUGUGGUGUUCCACUUUCUAAGGCCAUCGGGAGCACUUUAAUUGUGCUCAUUCCAAAAACUGAUAGACCGAAAACCUUUGCAGAAUUUAGACCUAUUAGCCUUUGUACCUUCUUGAACAAAAUUUUCACGCGGAUCUUGACUGAGCGGUUGCAGCCCCUUAUGGAUGGUCUGAUAUCUCCAGAACAAUCGGCCUUUGUUAAGGGGAGGGAAAUAUCGGACAAUAUUCUUCUGGCGAAGGAAAUACUAGAGUCACUUGACAAGAAAGUACGAGGUCAUAACCUGGUCCUCAAAUUAGAUAUCAUGAAAGCUUUUGACAGUGUUUCUUGGCAUUUUCUCUCCAAAUUGCUGCAGAAGUUUGGAUUUAGUCAUUGGUUCAUUACCUUGGUCAUGAAUAACCUAAAAGGAGCUUGGUUCUCGGUUCUCGUUAAUGGUCGAACCUAUGGAUUCUUCCAAAGUGGGCGGGGGGUUAAACAGGGAGACCCCCUUUCUCCUUAUUUAUUUCUGCUGGUUGCUGAUAGCCUUAGCCGAGGGCUAAAUGAGCUGCUCGCCUCGACCAAGAUCUCCCCUUUCGCUCUCUCAAGAGGCUGUUUCUCCAUCACCCACCUUAGCUUUGCGGAUGAUGUGUUAGUGUUCAUGCGGGGGCUCAGGUCGGAUAUUAAAGAAAUGCUCGAUUUUCUCGCCAUCUAUCAGGAGGGGACAGGCCAACGAGUGAAUAAAUCCAAGAGCUCUUUCCUUACCUCUUCUAAAUGUUCAGCAGCAAGGCUGCGAUCCAUAACCACUUGGCUUGGCUUUAAGCAUUGUAAAUUACCCAUCAGAUACCUGGGAUGUAUGAUCUCGAAAGGACGGCCGGCAAGGAGGCAUUUUCAGCACUUGAUUGAUAAACUGAGGCUGAAGUUAGCUGGAUGGAAGACUAAACUUUUAUCGCCUGGUGGCCGGGCUAUACUCAUCAAGCACGUCCUUUCAGCUAUCCCAAAGUAUGCCAUGGCAGUCUUAGAGCUUCCGAAGAGCGUGUUGAGGCAGAUAGAACAGCUUAUGGCUUCCUUUUUCUGGGGCGAAGCAGCUGGGAAAGAGAAGCGACAUUGGCGUCGAUGGAGGGAUCUGUGCAAGCCAGUUGAGGAGGAUGGUCUAGGUUUUCAGUCACUGGAAGAAAUUGCAGCGGGUUUUGCUUGCAAACUCUGGUGGAGAUUUCGUACAUCUUCCACUCUUUGGUCUCGUUUUCUGCUAGCGAAAUAUGGGAAGAGAGAGGGGCACAUCACGCAGAUUCAGGAGACCACCAAUGGGUCGGCCACCUGGAAGCGUAUGUUGCGCUGCCGGGCCUUUGUGGAGGAGAACUCUCAAUGGAUGAUUGCUGGGGGGACCUGUUCUUUCUGGUUCGACAAUUGGCUCGGCUCAGGGGCUUUGGCUGUCGGAAAGGUUAACCUUCCCAGUCCUUCCCUCACGAUCCGAGAGUGUAUCAGCGAAGGGGGUUGGGACUUGGCGCCUAUUGAAGGUGCUUUAUCCAGCGUGGAGAUUCAGCAGAUUCGGUCCUUCCCUCCUUUUCUCUCUAAUGAAAAGGAUUUCCUUAUUUGGCAGCCUAACCCGAAUGGCGAGUUCUCUAUCAAAUCUGCUGUGUUGAGAAGGCGCCAUCGAGGGGCCUCUUUACUCUCCCGUACACUCAUUUGGGAUCAACGCCUGCCUCGCAAGAUCUCGAUAUUCAUGUGGCGUUUGCUGAACGCGCUUCUUCCCCUCCCGGAUAUUCUCAGUAAAUUUGGCUUUCACCUACCCUCUAAGUGUGUUUUCUGCAAUCAUGUGGAAACACUGGAGCAUGUAUUUCUCACUUGUGAAGUCGCAACUGCUGUUUGGCAUCGCCUGGGGCUCCUGCUGCACUUUCGAACGGAUAGAGCGGACGAGAUUCUUAUGCAACUUCAGAACUGGUGGAUGCACUCAUCUGUGCAUGUCAUAUUCAAUCACAUUGUUAAGGAGCUCCAGCUCAUAGCAAGGGCCACUCCUUUCACAUGUUCUACUCCUGAAGAUAAACGCUGCUGGACUCAAGGCCUUGUGCCUUUCCUUAAGCAGCCACCCAGGGCUCGGCUCCGUAUAAUCCGUUGGAUGGUCCCUCCCAUGGGCUACCUGAAGUUAAAUGUUGAUGGUUCUUCUCUUGGGAACCCGGGAGAUGCAGGGGGAGGAGGCCUCAUCCGGGAUAGCGAGGGGAGGCUACUCUAUGGUUUUUCCACUUUCUAUGGUUGGCAGACCAAUAUGAGUGCUGAAGCAAUGGCUCUCCUCGAAGGGUUACAGCUUUGCAAAUCUCAUGGCUUCCCCCACGUUGAGAUUGAAAUUGACUCGCUGACGCUCCUCAAGGUAGUACGACGUGAGAUGAAGUGUCCGUGGAGGAUUUGGGGGGUGGUUUGCCACAUUCGACAUCUACUUGAGGACUUCACCUCGGUCUUGCAUCAUUGCUACAGAGAGCUCAAUGCUGUGGCGGACUCGCUUGCCAAAUUAGCCAGCACGUCUCGUGCGUCCUCAUCCUACUGUGCUACCUCUUUUCCAAGGGACAUUCGUGGGCUUCUUCAGUUAGACAGAGUUAGCUAUCCUUACAUUCGCCGGCAAUGGAAGCCUUAG